AUGACCCACCAGGAGACUCAGAUGUUUGAAGAUCAACCGGCGCUUAUACACUGCCUUCCCCAAUUAAACAAUCUUCGCGUGGCCGGGAAACUGGCCGAUUUGACGAUAGAGCUACAGAAUAACGUCAAGGUAAAUGCACACAGAGUUGUUUUUGCUUCCCGGAUGCCCUCCUUGUGUAAUGCCCUGUGUAAACCCCCUAGGACCGGCCAGGAUUUCAUGCUCAAGUGGCCACAAAUUUCUCCAGAAGUCGCUACAUCCUUCAUAGAUUACAUAUACACUGGCCAACUUGAAGUCCACGAAGCAAAUGCGGCUGGUCUGACUGUGCUGUCGCAGCAACUCGUACUCCCUCAAGUAGAAGAAUGGGCGGUCAGUUUUAUGGCCACCAGACUGGAUUCCGAAAACAUUGUAAAUAAGUGGCAGCUUGCAGAGCUUCUAAAAAGUGACAUGUUAAAAACUGCCUGCCUACAGCAUAUCAAGGCGACCUUUGAGGAUACAGUUCCUACUGAUUUUUUUAUCCAGCUACCAUCUGAAGCUGUCCUGUCUCUGUUGCGGGCAGACGACCUUCAAGCGGAAAGUGAAGAGAGUGUCCUAAAUGCCAUUCAAAGAUGGGUAAGCCCACUUGGUGAAGUGGAUGAAACACGAUUGGUGCACGCCGAGGCAAUGAUGAGGGAAGUGCGCUGGGGUCAGGUUGAUGGCGACUUCCGAUGUCAGCUACAGGACGAUGAUGAAGGUUUCUGGAAUAAAAAUCUGGGAUGUGCAUGGUAUGAACUGCCAAAUCUGAGACAGGCAAGGGGAUCCGCUGCCGCGGUUGCACUGCCAGACGGACGCGUGUUUGUGAUGGGCGGUUACGGAAGUCAAAACAACUCUUGGUGUACUCUCUCCUCAGUGGAGACAUGCCAUCUCCGGGAGCCAGCAGACUGGCAAGGGCCACGGAAAGCAUCGAACGUCUUCUGGAAGGAUGCUGCUGCCAUGCUUUAUUCACGUUCAGGUCACGAUGCGGUUGUAUUCAGAGGGAGAAUUUUCGUUGGUGGACGCCAGGGUUCAAGAACAGUCGAUAUUUUCACCCCGCCUGACAACAAGCGACCGUUGGGACAAUGGACUCACCUUACUAACUCGGAUACAAAAAGCCCAACAACCGCUCUGGCUGUUUGUCAGGAAAGACUCUUUUCUUUCGGUAAGUCCUCAGUCUUGCAUCCUGCAACUGGUUGA